AUGUGUUGGGCACACGUAAUCCGUAAGAGUCGUGAACAUCGAAAAUUGGUAUUAGAUAAAGAAAAAUGGUUGGCUAUUGAAAAAGAUGUCGUCAAUUUACAAUUAGUUUUUAAUGAUCAUUUAUUUGGUAGUGCAAAUCUUAGUCCAUCUACUAAUAACGGUCUUGAAUCGUUGAAUGGUAAAAUCAAAGAAGUGUACACAUUAGGUAACAAAUUAUCAUUGUCAUCGUUCUUACAAACAGCUGAACGUAUGUUAUAUGACUGGUCAUUAGCUAGCGCGAAUACACCAUUUGCUAUUCAAAUUGAAUUUACUAAUGAUUAG